GGCCGAGAGGGCGCUGUUUAUGUUUAAAAUUAUCCCAGGUAAAUUCCCAGGUUUCUGCUAAUGUGGUGUUCUCGUUUUUGAAGCAUUUUAAGGUGACAGUGAAAAAAUGAUUUUUGAUUGGAUAGCUCUCGGUUCAGGUGCGUUCACAUCAGCAGUCCUGUACUAUGUUUAUCGGAAGAAGACCACAGAUAUACAACGUAUACAUGAUGCUCCAAUGCUGACCAUUGAUAAGGACUUAAGUAUGCUAGUAGAGGAGGCACCUGACAAGACAAUACCCUAUGCAGUAAUAGAAGGUGCUGCAACGCCUGUCAAGGGUGUCAUACAUAGUCAGAAUAUUGCAGGUAUUACAGGCCUAAUACAAAGCCUUAUCCUUAAGGAACACAAGACGGAAUGGAGCAAGUCCACAAGAAUGUGGAUUGAUUCAGCAAGUACCAUCAAACACAACACAAAAAGCGUCCCUUUUAGAUUGUCCGCAAAAGAGAGUCAUGUGACAGUGGAUGAAGCCCUUGUUGCAACAGGUUUAACGCUUGAUGUGAUCCACGACAAAUUUGAACCAAUCAGAAGUUCAUUAGGUGACAAUCUUGUGAACUGGGCUACAGGUGAAAAAAUAAAGGGAUACCAAGAAUUGGAGGAAAUGUUACCGGUUGACAGUUUUAUCACAGGUAUUGGUGAGAUCAAGAUGAUUGGUGGACAGGUACAUUUGGUUCCCCCAUGCAGCGGUUGGACCUAUUACCUCUGGAGGGGCUCAAAGGCUGAACUGUUAAGGGAUCUAAGAUCUAACACCAGAGUAUGGAGAAUAGUUUUAAUGUUUUUUGGCUCAGCGACUCUCUUAUGGUGUCUGUAUCUACUUAGCAAGUGGUAUAAGAAAUACCAAGAGGAACAGAAUUACAGAGAGUAUCUUGCAAGGGUACGACAAGCAGCUGGAAACGGUGAAGAAACUGAAGUAGAUGUAUGCGCCGUGUGUUUAGAGAAUCCACGGGAUUGCGUUAUCUUAAACUGUGGACAUGUAUGUGCGUGUCAACGAUGCACUGAUGUACUGAAUCCCCCACAAUGCCCUAUAUGUCGAGAGCGCAUCAGUAGAGUUGUUCCUCUGUUUCACGCAUAGAAUUUUCCUUUAAGAAAAAUUUCUUUGUAGAAAACAAACUGGUUGUUGCUUAGGACAUGCUUCAUGUUACAACUCGCUGUGUUUAAUUAUUGAUUUUUAUGUUUAUUUUUGUCAACAAUUUGUAUUUCAACAGACAUUUGACUGAUCAGCAGUUAGCACAAUUUUCCAAAAGAUCAUGAUGCUCACAUCCAGUAUUUUCAUUAUCAUGUAGAAAAGUGAAUUCUUCAUUAGUUAUAAACUUCAGAUUUCUUCUAAUUACUGUAUGCUCAAUUCAUUUGUAUUAUUUCGAUUAUAAAAUAGGUGUUUUGCAGUAGAUUAUUUUAUGGGAGAUCUUAUAAUUAUUUUAGGCCAUAUAUUCAUCAUUCAGUAUUUAUUGUCAUUGUAUAACAUUAGAAAUACAGUAAAAUUGAAUACAUUAAAUGUAUAAGACGUUUACAAUACAAA